AUCAUGACCACCAGCAACUUCCUCGAAACUUCACGCGCUAGCUAGCUGCUCCCCCACCACCUGUGUUGAUGAAGCAUAAAUUGAGCUGCUUUAAUUCGAUCGUCACGGCUGAGGCUAAGGUAGAACGAGAAGGCGACCGAGCGAAGCUAACGCAUGGCGGGCGGCGGCGUCGUGAAGGUGUACGGCGCGGCGGCGUCGCCGUACGUGGCGACGGUGCUGGUGUGCCUGGAGGAGGCUGGCGCCGCGUACGAGUUCGUCCCCCUCGACAUGGCGGCGCGCGAGCAGAAGACGCCGCACCACCUCGCCCGCAACCCGUUCGGCAAGAUCCCCGCCAUGGAGGAUGGAGAACUCACCCUCUUUGAAUCACGCGCGAUCGCGCGGUACGUGCUCCGCAAGUACAGCAACGGCGGCGGCGGCGCGGACCUGCUGAGGGAAGGCAACCUUGAGGAGGCCGCCAUGGUGGACGCGUGGCUCGAGGCGGAGGCCCACCAGUACCUCCCGGCCGUCUCCCACAUCGUCCGGCAGUGCGUCAUCCUGCCGAUGAUCGGCGGCGCCCGCGACCAGCGCGUCGUCGACGAGCACGCCGGCGAGCUGCGGGAGGUGCUGCGUGCGUACGACGCGCGGCUGGGCGAGCGCGCCUACCUGGCGGGGGACUUCGUCAGCCUCGCCGACCUCGCCCACUUCGGCUUCACGCACUACCUCAUGCGCACGGAGUACGCGGCGCUGGUGGAGGAGCGCGCCAACGUCAAGGCGUGGUGGGAGCGGCUGUCGGCGAGGCCGGCGGUCAGGAAGGUGGCCGCGCUCAUGCCCACUGCCGAUCACUGAACCGGAGGCCGGCGCGGCUCCCGCCUCCCGGGCCCACGUUUUUUCAGUGUUGCUCUGAUUAUUUGGGAGUGAAUUACUUUUGUAUUAUCCUUUGAUUUGGAAAACGAAUAAAGGGCGAGAGAAUAAGAGCUUUUGUGAAA